UGACUUUGGAUCACAAAUUAAUGAGAAAAAGGAAGCUCAGCCAUGAAAGAAAAGAGUUCUAAUUGUAACGACCAACGACAUGAAAACCAACCAAUCGCUUAUAGUUAUGGGAUCGUGUCAAUGGCGGAGCGAAAAGAUGGUCAAAUUCGCUUUCUGGUACGAUUCAAUUCCUUCGUUAAAUUCUUCUUUGGGAAAAUGGAGUAGCAGCCGAAAUGUGAUUCUGUUGCUACUGCUCGUGAUUGAUAUUGAAGAUGAUGAUGAUGAUGAUGUUCUGUAAAUAAACAUUUUAUCGGAAUUCGUCGGCCCUAUUUGUUCCCCUGCUACCGCCAAAAUCCAGAGACUCGUUCAUUUUCCCAAUCCCGCCUCUAUUCUCUCGCUUUCUAGACCUGUUCUAAUCGUUUUUCUGGGGAUAUAAGUGCUUUUCAAGAGAAAUUUUCUUUGAAGGUUCAUGGAUGGAUUAAGAGAAAGAAGACAUAUGAAUGACUAGGAAAUGGGGAAGAAAGGGGGUUGGUUUGCUGCAGUGAGGAAGGUUCUCAGUAACAAGAUACAAGAAAGAUCCAAGAAAAAAUGGUUCCAAAGGGAGGAGAGUGUGGACACAUUUGUGGAACCAUCCCUGUUAGAUGUUCCCGCAGAACCUUCUCCUAUGGAAGAUGAUAUCAAUCAAACUAAGCCGGAGGAUGAACCGAGCGAGCUUCCGCAUUCCGAGGCGGUGGAGCCUGCUGUUGAUGAAGCUCAGCUGGCUGUGGAGGAUGAACAUCUACCCAGUAUUAUACCCUGUAAGCCAGAAAUGACUGAGGAAACAGGAGCUAUUAUUAUUCAAUCAGCCUUUCGUGGAUAUAAGGCGAGGAAAGUAUCAAGGGGUCUCAAAGCGAUAAUGAGAUUGAGGUCGUUGGUACAAGGCCACUCUGUGAAACGGCAGGUGGCCUCUACUUUAAAAAGUAUGCAAACUCUUGCACAUGUACAGUCAGAGGUUCGUGCAAGGAGAGUAAGAAUGUCGGAAGAAAAUCAGGAUUUCCAGCGGCAACUUUGUAACAAACGUGAGAAAGAUCAUGAGAAGUUCAAAACUUCUAUGGAUGAUGUCUGGAAUCCUAGCACCCAUUCUAAAGCACAAAUGGAAGCCAAACUAUUGAACAGGCAAGAGGCCGCAACAAGAAGAGAACGAGCUUUGGCUUAUGCUCACUCGCAUCAGCGAACAUGGAAGAGUUCUUCAAAAACUACAACCCAUUCUGUCAUGGAUUCAAACAAUCCCUACUGGGGCUGGAGUUGGUUGGAGAGAUGGAUGGCAGCUCGCCCAUGGGAACUCCAAAGCACAGCCGAUCACCCAGAUCACAAUUCUGUCACAAACGUCCCAACUCAUGCAUCUACAAUCGACAUAAUCCAAGUUUAUGCUCGUCGCGAUCCGAACUCCCAUACGAAGCCUUCUCCAAGGACUCCUACUAGCCAAAAGGCAAGCCAAGUGCAUAGGCAUCAGUCACCUUCCAUUCCUAGAGCAUUAUCUUCAUCAUCUAGCAAAAAGAAAACAAAUGCAGCCAACUUAAAGGUAGGCAGCUGGAGUGGGGAUGAUGACAUGAGAAGCCCCGUGAGUGUCAACUCAAAGCUCACCCGGAGGCAUAGUAUAGGAGGGUCAUCAUUCAGGGAUGACAUAAGCAUUGCCAGUUUACCUUCAGUUUCGAGUUACACGCCAACGUCGAAGACGGCUGCUAAGGCUCGGUCCCGGUUGGCAAGUCCAUCUGUGACACUGAAGAAAGAGGCAAUGGAAAAAGGAUCUGCAAGCACAGGUUCUGCAAAGAAGCGGCUCUCCAUUACAGGUUCCCCUGCUAAACCAAGGAGGCUAUCAAGUCCUCCCAUUGUGAAUAGUAGCCAAGUACAUUAAAAAGCUGAGGAAGUUAGCAGCAGAGAGAGUUUAGCCAAGUCCUCCCAUAGGCUCGAUGAUCCAUGCUUUUACACCAUCUGCUUUCUGCAGCAGUUUCUACUUACCAAAGUGAGUGAGGAA